ACAGGAAACAAAUCUGAAACGACCAAAUCACUUCUAAUAUAAAUAGUAUCACUGCAAAUGCUUAAUGAAGCAAUAUUAUUGAUUCUUUACAAACACAUCCUCGCUACGCAUUCUCGCACGAAAGGUUUUUCAUAAGCGCAACAGCGCAACCAACGGGCCAAAUAUAUCCGAUCCCAAUUACAUACUCGACCAAGUCGAAGGCUGACUUUGAAAACCUAAGACCUUCUUUGAUGAUGACGGGUGACAAGGCUGUGCUACAAACAAAUGGUGCUGAAGAAUGGGUUAUUUUCAACCAUCAACAACAUGGUUUAUAUAGAGUCAAUUACGACGAGAAGACGUGGAAUUUAAUAGCAGACGCCUUAUUGGAGGAACCUGAAUCUAUUCACUAUUUGAACAGAGCUCAAGUCGUGGACGACGUAUUUGCUCUAAUGAGGUCCGGAAGAAUGACGUACGAUUUCGGCUUCAAAAUUCUUCGAUUCCUUCGCAACGAGGUUAACUACCACGUUUUGAAUCCCGCUAUUUCUGGCUAUACUUGGCUACGUAAUCGCUUUGCGCAUAUGCCAGAAACGCAGUCUACUUUUGAUGCUCAUAUUCUUAGCUAUUUGGAACACGCUAUAGAUAAACUAGGCUUUGAACCAGCCGCUAAUGAAACUGCAACAACGAGUCUUACUCGGCAAGAAGUGCUGCAUUUCGCUUGUACAAUGGGACAUGAAGGAUGUGUAACAGAAUCUAAAAAUAGAUUUGCUGCUAUGCGAAGUGGUAGAUGGAUUGACCCUCGCAUUCGACGUAAUGUCUAUGUAGUUGGUAUCAGAGAGGGUACUGUUGAAGAUUUUAACUUCCUCCUGAACCGUUUCCACUCAUCAAACUACGCCAAUGACCAGCUGGAGAUGCUCAGAGGUUUAGGUGCGACACGGGACCCACAACUUUUGACGAGAUACCUCGAGUUAACUCUGGCGAAAGAAGUAAGAUCACAUGAUAAAGUUAACUCGUUUAAUUAUGCACUUUUGGGCAAUAGAAAAAAUGCUGUUACCGUUCUACAAUUCGUGAAAAACAACAUCGAAACUAUAAGAAAAGAAUACGUAGAAGACGCACCACCAAACCCCGUGCACACAGCACUUUCCAAUUUAGCCGCGUACUUGGAUGAAGAAGAUCUAGUUGAGUAUGAAUCCUGGCUGCGCACCUCUCAAAGCAGUUCAGCACAGUUCAACACUGCGAUAUCCGCCAUAAACUCUGCCCGUAACAACAUGGCGUGGGGUACAGCAAAUGCUGACAUCGUUUUAUCAGCAACCAGAUCAGGAGCAACUAACGUAGCCAUUUCGUCUACUUUGCUGUUGAUUGUAGCUCUUGCGAUGAUUAAUUUCUGAUCCAUGGUUGACGUCAUUUUUGAAACUACAUAUAUUUUAUCGGCCAUAGAUGAAUGAAAUUGCAUCGUACUAAUUUAUUGAAUAUAAUUAUGGAAUAUGUAAUAAUUACCCACGAUACCUAAU